CAUCGCCGCCCGCAAGGAAAACACCACACCGCAACAACAACAACAAGAAGAGAUAGAGAGAGAAAGAAAAGAAAAGAGAGAAACACGUUGAAUUGAAUUUUCUAAUCUCAUCUCUUUUGGACCCCAACAAAUAACAAACUCUCUCUCUCUCUCUCUCUCUUUCUCUUUCGUUCUUUCUUUCUCUCUCACACAACAACAACAACCAAACCCUAACGAAGACCUUCUUCAUUCUCCCUUCAAUUUCAAUCCCAUGCUCCGCUCUCUUCCCGCACAGGUUUUAUGUAAUUUGAGUUCGGUUUGUCAAGAAAUAAUUGAUGGAUGAUGAUAGUAGAAAUGGAUAAGAUGUCUGCUCCUUCAUCAAGGGAGCGUGCACAACGCCUCUAUGAAAAGAAUCUUGAAUUGGAGAAUAAGCGUCGGAGGUCAGCUCAGGCGCGGGUCCCAUCAGAUCCAAAUGCCUGGCAACAGAUGCGUGAGAAUUAUGAAGCAAUAAUUCUUGAGGAUCAGGCUUUUUCUGAGCAGCACAAUAUUGAAUAUGCUCUUUGGCAGUUGCAUUACAAGAGGAUUGAGGAGUUUAGGGCAUACUUCAGUGCUGCUCUUUCUUCUACAAGUGCAAACUCAUCUCAGGGAGCUAAAGGCCCUGCACGACCUGAUCGGAUAGCUAAAAUAAGGCUACAGUUUAAGACUUUUCUUUCAGAAGCAACUGGAUUUUACCAUGAUCUUAUUACAAAAAUCAGAGCCAAGUUUGGUCUUCCUCUUGGUUACUUUGAUGAUUCAGAGAAUCGAAUUGUGAUGGAGAAAGAUGGAAAGAAAUCUUCUGAGAUGAAGAAAGGUUUAGUAGCUUGUCAUCGUUGUCUGAUAUACUUGGGUGAUCUUGCUCGUUAUAAGGGAAUGUAUGGUGAAGGUGACUCAAUUAACCGGGAGUUCACAGCAGCUUCUAGUUACUACUUGCAAGCUGCAUCUCUUUGGCCUUCUAGUGGCAAUCCUCAUCAUCAGCUUGCUUUGCUGGCCUCAUAUUCUGGGGAUGAGCUGGUGGCUAUUUAUCGAUAUUUUCGGAGUCUGGCUGUGGAUAGCCCAUUUACAACUGCAAGGGAAAACUUGAUAGUUGCAUUUGAGAAGAAUCGUCAAAGUUUCUCUCAGCUUUCUGGUGAUGCUAAAGCUCUUGCAGUCAAGGAAUCUUCUGGACGAUCAACUGGAAAAGGAAGAGGAAAAGGGGAAGCAAAACUUGCAACAAGGGGUACCAGUGUUGAUGCCAGUCCUAAACCAGGAGCAUCCAGUACAAAAGAAACUUAUAAAUACUUCUGCACUCGCUUUGUCCGUCUAAAUGGAAUCUUGUUUACACGCACAAGCCUUGAGACCUUUGCUGAAGUUCUUGCUGUUGUAAGCACUGGCCUGCGUGAGCUUCUGUCUUCUGGGCAAGAUGAAGAGCUGAAUUUUGGGACAGAUACUGCUGAGAAUGCGCUUGUCAUCGUCAGAAUUGUCUGCAUUCUAGUAUUUACAGUUUAUAAUGUGAACAAGGAAUCUGAAGGCCAAACUUAUGCAGAAAUUGUACAGCGUGCUGUUCUGCUUCAAAAUGCAUUUAGUGCAGCUUUUGAAUUGAUGGGUUACAUAAUAGAGAGAUGUGCACAGCUGCAAGAUCCUUCUUCUAGUUAUCUUUUACCAGGCAUUUUGGUUUUUGUUGAGUGGUUGGCUUGUUAUCCAGAUCUUGCUGCAGGCAAUGAUGUGGAUGAAAAUCAGGCAACUUUGAGAUCUGAAUUUUGGAACCAUUGUGUGUCCUUAUUGAAUAAGCUGUUUUCAGUUGGGCCUAUGUCUAUUGAUGAUGAUGAAGAGGAGACUUGCUUUAAUAACAUGAGCAGGUAUGAGGAAGGGGAGACUGAAAAUCGACUUGCUUUGUGGGAGGACUCUGAGUUAAGGGGAUUUGUUCCACUUCAUCCUGCACAAACCAUCUUGGAUUUCUCAAGGAAGCAUUCCAUUGGAAAUGAUGGUGACAAGGAAAGAAAAGCUCGGGUCAAAAGGAUUUUAGCUGCAGGGAAGGCUUUAGCAACUGUUGUAAAGGUUGAUAAAAAAAUGAUAUAUUUUGAUUCAAAGGCGAAGAAAUUUUUAAUUGGUGUUGAGCCUCAAACCUCAGAUGAUUUUGUUCUUGCCACUUAUUCAAGCAUGCCAAAUGCAAAUGGGUUGGUGCACGAAAAUCUGGCAGACAAAUUAAAGAUGGACACUGUUCAGUCAAACCAAUACCAGAAUAUGGAAGGAGAUGAUGAUGACGAGGUUAUUGUUUUCAAGCCUUUAGUGUCUGAGACACGAGCUGAUGUGGUUGCCUCAUCAUGGGCACCCCAUGUCGGUUUGGAGCCUGUUCCAAAGGCAUCUGGAGGGGAUUUCAAUUUUCACGUUAAUUCUACUUCCAACCCUCUUAUUAAUCCAAGUCAUCAAACUUCAUCUGUGCCUGGUAGUGGUAUGGUGCCUCAACACAUGCAACCAGUUCAGCCACAUACAUCACGGUGGUUAGAUGAGGAAAUAUCUCUUGCUAACAAUUUAAAAGGUCUUGGGCUAUUUGAGAAUGGGCAGGUGAUGAAACCUGGCUUACAAGAAGCUGUUGGCUUCUCUAGUCAUGUUUCACUUCCUAUUCCUAUCCAACAAUCUAUAGGUGCUGAUACUAAUGGCAUGUUUUAUGGUCUCUCAAAAGCUUUGGAGUCUGUGGUACCAUCCAAAGUUGAUGCUAUUGCAUCUUCUGGAGUACUUACUGAUAAUUUAGCUGUAAAAACAUCAGUUUUGCCAGUUGGUUUAAGAAAAACCCCAGUUAGUCGACCUACUAGGCACCUUGGACCUCCUCCUGGUUUCAGUCCUGUUCCUCUGAAACUAGGUAUUGAAUCCACUGUUUCAGAUUCAAUUAGUGGGAAUCCAAUUAUGGAUGAUUACAGUUGGUUGGAUGGAUAUCAUUUGCGUACAUCAACAAAAGGAUUAGGCUCCAAUGGUCCUCCUCUUAACUACACUCAUUCAAAUACUCAGCAAGUCGUUAGCAAUGGUUUUAGUCCUACUGUCAGCUUUCCUUUUCCUGGAAAACAAGUUCCAUCUGUGCCUCCUCAAGUGGAGAAACAGAAUGGUUGGCAAGAUUAUCAAACUUAUGAUCUUUUAAAAUCACAUAAUGAUCAGCAACUGCAGCCACAACAGCUCACAACUGGAAAUCAACAGUUCUCUCCUAUGCCUGAGCAAUUUCAAGGACAGUCAAUCUGGACAGGUCGUUACUUUGUGUGAUGUCAGUAUGAGAGUAUAGAUGGACCUUGAAGGCAUAUUGCGAAUGUGCUGCAUCCUUUUGCUACUCGUUCAAACUCCAACUUUGCUGCCUCGUCACUGAAUUUUGUUGGAGUUUCUCUGGCCUUGACUUGUUGCAGGCACUUGCUACUACAAAAGAUUAUGCUGAGCUCUUCAGCCCGGACGAAGGAAGAUAAAAUGCAUCUUUACAGUUCAAAGUUGGUUACGAAGUAAAUGCCUUGUCUGGUUGGUUGGGGUGGAUAGGUGGUGAUAAAUAAAGACUACAGUGGUGAUGGAGCUUGUAUCUUCUGGGAUUGGUGGUGUCGCAAUGGUUUGUUCACUUAUCUAGUGGAAAUGUCAUAAUGAUGCACCUGUAAAAAUCGUUGUUACCAUCAUUUGGUUGCAAGUGAUACAUAGUGCUAGCCCUUUUUUCUGCCGCAAUGCUUCAGACUAUAUAGUUGGAAAGGUUGGUAGAUAAGAAGUGGGUGUCAAAGUUGGAUAAUGGGAUAAGAUAUUUGACAUUAUGGGGCUCACUUGUUGAGCACGUCUUUAGUUGUUGCUUCUUCGUUAAGGUUCUUAUUAUGUGUUGUGUAUGUAUGACGAGUGGUAUGUGGUUCACUUUCUCUUUUUCCUAAGUCGAGGGGUUGACUCGAACUUCAAAAUAAAUAGGUGGAUUGUUGAAUGCAUAUCCAUCUUGGUCUGUAUGAGUACAAUAUGAUAUAUCUAUCCAUAGUUGGAAUUACCUUAUUUUUAUGUUA